AUGGGGAAACCCCGCAUGAUCAUAUUGAUUCGCCAUGCCCAGUCUGAAGGAAACAAGAAUCGCGAUAUCCAUCAGUUCAUCCCCGACCAUAGGGUGAAACUAACCCAGCAUGGCUGGACUCAAGCGGAAGAAGCAGGACGACAACUGCGCUCUCUCCUCAAGCCAGAUGACACACUCCAGUUCUAUACUUCACCCUACCGUCGAACGCGUGAGACGACCGAAGGUAUCCUCCGCACACUGACCUCGGACGACCCAACACCAUCGCCCUUUCCCCGCAAUAAGAUAACUGUAUUCGAAGAGCCACGGAUACGAGAGCAGGACUUUGGCAACUUCCAGCCAUGUUCCGCCGAGAUGGAGCGCAUGUGGCAGGAGAGAGCCGACUAUGGACACUUCUUCUACCGCAUACCUGAUGGCGAGAGUGCGGCAGACGCGUACGAUCGUGUCAGUGGCUUCAAUGAGAGUCUGUGGAGAUCUUUCCAAGACGACAACUUUCCAAGCGUGUGCGUUUUGGUCACACACGGGCUGAUGUCGCGUGUCUUCCUCAUGAAAUGGUACCACUGGUCGGUUGAGUACUUCGAAGACCUUCGUAACGUUAACCACUGCGAGUUCAUCAUCAUGAAGCGAAGCGAGAACAACGGCCGAUACAUUCUUCAGAACGAGUUGCGAACAUGGUCGGAACUUAAACGCCGCGCUGCGAAGGAGAAGGAAGAGACAAAAAGCGCUACCUCGUCUACACCGAGCAGGGCCACACCCUUGACUGGACUAGGCCAAGGAGGAGCAACCUCGUCUCCUACCAUACCCACGCGCCGAUGGGGAGGAUGCGUCAACGGGUGUGACCAUGACAAGAUCAACUACCCCCGCCGGCCGAUGCGCAAGAACACCAUGGAGUACUUGGGACAUCAGUCGCAGCAGCUGCCUCCACCCGCAGUAACACACAUGGAGCCAGUAGAAAGCGAACAGGAAGACCACCCAGUUGCAGCGCAGCAGACUGAACACGCUCCCAUCAUCAAUGAACCAUCACCUGCGAAGCUGUCGCGAAAACAGAGUACUAAGGGUGUUACCAUCCCAGAAAUGCCUCCGACGCCAGCAUCUCCAAACGACGCCUCCAACGAUGCUACGAGCAGUGAGGGAGAGGAAGCGGCAUCAUCCAUGUCGCGUUCCGGCAGUCAUGCGCAACCGAGAACUGCUGCCGUUCUUCGCCACCUACAGCCACCACACAAGACGCCAGGCGAAGGCUUCUCUGACGAUUCGGAUUAUUUCCCGGGUAUGCAACAAGUUCAUCACCGCAAGUUCCUCCGAGCAAGCUCAACGCAGCGCAGGCAGUCAAAAGAACGCAAACUGCAACGCAGACAGACAGAGCAGAGUUGGAAGGAGGAAUCAGGCAUGGGCAACGGUGUUAGAACUGACAGACUAGGUGACGGCGAUACCACCAGUGAUGAGGUUGCGUUCGCGAAGGAGAAGGAAGGCGAACCGAUUCUCGCGGAAGCGCUGAAAGGUAACAUGAUUGUUGAGAAGAGCGAGGAGGAGAGAGAGGCGAGUGACGAGUAUGGUAAUGCAGAGAAGAAGAUUGGAGAAACGGAGAUUGACAAGAUGCAAGAUGCAGAGAGAAAGGGCUUUGGUGAAGUAUACUGA